AAGUCCAUUAGGGUUUAUCAGCCCAUCCUCUUUCCCCCCUCCCCCUCUCCCACUACAGAGCUCGUAAAACCCUUAACCCCGGAGCUUCACAGCGGCGGAGACUCUCGCUGCGUCGCUGAAGAUGUAUGAAAUGGAUAUAUCUAUUGAUCAAAGUGCUUUCCCCAAUGCAGAUGCCCAGCCGAAUAAACGAAGGAGGAAAAAGUCCAUGGUUUGGGAUCACUUCACAAUUGAAACUAUAAAUCCUGAUUGUGUCAGGGCGUUCUGCAACCAGUGCAGAAAAUCAUUUGCUUAUAUAUCAGGCGCAAAGCUAGCUGGAACCAGUCAUCUAAAGCGUCAUAUUUCUUUGGGAAUCUGCCCUGUUGGGCGUAGUAAGAAGGAGAAAGAUCAAAUGAUUUCACAUGUUCCACCCCCUGUGAAUUUCACUAACAUACCAAGAAAACGUUGCCGUGCUUCAAAUGGAGUCCCGAGUACUUACUUCGACGGUGAUAGCUGCAGCUACGACCUUGCAAAAAUGAUAAUUCAGCAUGAUUAUCCACUUGAUAUGGUUCAACAAUCUGGUUUUGUGGAUUUUACAAGGAGUCUUCAACCUCAGUUUAAUAUUCCUAGCGUGAACCUAUUGCAAGAGCAGAUUAUGGGCAUAUACUUGAGAGAGAAGCAAAAGCUUAUGGACCUUCUUUGUGGAAUUCCAGGACGUCUAAACCUCACAGUAAACUUAUGUACGUCAGAUCAGAGUGUAGCUUAUGUACUGGUAACAGGUCACUUUACCGAUCAUGAUUGGAAGUUGCAAAGAAGGAUCUUCAAUGCUAUUGCUGUACAGUCUCCUGAUUCUGCAACAGCCUUUAUGCAUGCUGUUGCUGCUUGCUUGGGUGAUUGGGGCAUUCAGGACAAGUUAUUUACUAUCACUCUCAACCUCAGUCAUGCUACUCCAAGUGCUAGAGAAACUAUUAGAAAUAUGCUACCUGUCAAGAACACCAUUAUUCUCAAAGGUCAGCUGUUGAUUAACCAUUGCUAUGCACGUACGAUGAUGAGUCUGGCUCAAGAUUCUCUAUAUUCCAUGAGGGAAACUGUUCAGAAAGUACGGCAGAGUGUGAAGUAUGUGAAAACGUCAGAUGAUAACGAAAAAAGAUUUAACAAACUGAGACAAGAUCUUCAAGUUCCCAGUACAAAGAGCUUGAUGAUUGAUGAUUUGACCCAAUGGAAUACCACCUACCAAAUGUUGGUGGCUGCUUCUGAACUGAAGGAGGUAUUUUCUAAUCUGGAUGCUUAUGAUCCAGAUUACAAGUUGUCUGUGUCCUGGGAUGAAUGGCGACAGGUGGAAACACUCUGCUCGUACUUGAAGAUGUUUUAUGAGGCAGCGAACAUACUAAACUCCCCUGUUUACCCAACAACUAACUCAUUCUUUGAUGUUGUGUGGAAAAUGUAUCUUAAACUUAAGCAUGAUGCUGAGAGCCAGGAUUUCUUUGAAAGCAUGCUGACAAGACCACUGCUGGAUAUGUUUACCAAAUUCUGGGAUGAUUGCAACCUUGUUCUUGCAAUUGCAGUUGUUAUGGAUCCAAGGUUCAAGAUGAAGGUUGUGGACUUCAGCUUCUCCAGGAUAUUUGGUGAUGAUGCCGACUCUCAAAUCAAGGUUGUCGAUCAGGGUCUGCAUGAUCUGUAUCUUGAUUAUGUUAUGCUGUCCCUUCAUUGCCCUAUCAUAGAAGGUGACAAUGAGCAUCUGGUGAAAGAAGAGGUGGUAUCUGAAGAUAUUCUUUGUGAUGAUGAUGAUGAUGGCCUGUCUGAUUUCUAUGUCGACAUCUCAGAAAUCAUGGGCGAAGCACAUGUCAAGUCUGAGAUAGACCAGUACCUUGAGGAAUCAGUUCUUCCCCGUGUGCAAGAUUUUGAUGUAUUAGGAUGGUGGAGAGUGAAUAGGGAACGGUAUCCUACUCUGUCGAAGCUUGCUUCCGACGUGCUAUCUAUUCCGGUCUCGACUGUCCCUCCAGAAUCAGUGUUCGAUUCAGGGGAGAGGAAGAUGGAUAGCCACUUGAGUUCCUUGAGACCUAAAACCGUUCAGGCCCUCGUGUGUGCAAAAGAUUGGCUUCAGCAUCCGCAAACACUACCUAAUGAAGUAUUUCCCUCUCACACUUUUGUUAAAACAGAAGUAUAACGCUUUUUAUUGCACACUCAUUUUUUGUAGAGUUUUUUUUGCUAGGCUUUAGCUAAUAUUCUUUGUUCUUGAUGAUAUAAAGAAGAAUAUUUUCCCCCCUUA